AGAAGAAAAAGAAACGUCAUACUCAGGAAGCGGCAACGAGAGGGUCCUGCACUCGAGGACCUCGAUAAAGACACGAAGAGUUGUUCUUCUGUUUAUUCGAUUUUUGAAAACGAGCUCGUGUAUACUUUUUAUCGAAGCAGCAGUCAGAUUUUUAUUUGCAGUUUCUUCUCGAAGGAUUUUCGACUAGUGUCACGAUGCCGAGAGGAGGUAAAAAGGGCCACAAAGGUCGGGGGAAGCAGUUCAGCAAUCCUGAGGAGAUCGAGAGACAGAUGCGAGCGCAAAGGGAGAUGGAGGAAAACAGUGGUGCAGAGCGGGAGAGCGGAUCUGAGUCCGAGGAGGAAAGCAGUAGUGAAGAUGAAAAAGAGCAGAAGAGGAGUGGAGUCCAAGGGUUGAUUGAAAUUGAGAAUCCCAACCGUGUCUCCCAGAAGAGCAAAAAAGCCGCAGAGGUCGACGUCAACGCGCCGAAAGAGCUCACACGCAGAGAGAGGGAGGAGAUUGAGAAGCAGAAAGCUAAGGAGCGCUACAUGAAGCUGCAUCUGGAAGGAAAGACGGAUCAGGCCAAGGCAGACCUCGCCAGACUGGCUAUUAUUAAAAAACAGAGAGAAGAGGCAGCGAAGAAGAGAGAGGAACUGAGGAAAGAAAAAGAGGCACAGGAAGCCAAAACCAAACGUUAAGGCUCGUCCCCAUCCUGAGGACUCGGUUAAUGGGGGCGGGAGGGAAGGGACCAAAUUAAUUAGGGAGACAGCUCAGGGGUGCCCAAACACUGUCUUCACUGGCAGGGACAGGCAGCGAUUUGGACAUUCAGAGUCACAUCAUAAAAAUUGGGGGUUAAAGACAUGAACUCAGUGGUCUGUUUAUUGGUACCUAAAACAGGAAGCGAUCGGCAAGACCAGGGUGUCCUCAUGUCCUUUGCCCCCAUACCUCCGAUGUGUUCUGAUCCUACAGCUGCAAGAGUUUACUCUUAAAUUUGCUCUUUUUGAUAUGUUUUAGUAAAGUUUUGAUUGGGUUGUUGGCCAGGGUUGCGUUCUUAUUGACGUAAUCUGGCAUGUUUCUAGAGAGUAGGGUAGAGUAAUGAAUGGAGAAACACUAGCAAACUUAUAGACCACCAUCUGCUCAUGUUCUGACGUUGUUGCUGUAUGUUGUUUUUUUUCUCUGUGGAUAAGCUACACAUGAUAAGCACCCUUUGUACUGAACAAAAUGUUUUUGCCCCACUUUGAUUUUUUUAUUUAUUUUUUGCAUGCUAGUUGCAAGAUGUAUCCAACUUCUAACAAAUGCCGGUAAUGCUACACCAUUUAAAAAUAAUUGAUUUAUUAAUUUUGAAUAGAAUGUCAGCAGUAUUAUGCAUACCUAUUCAUGUUAACAGUAUGUAUGGUUAUAACCAGAAAUUUUUUACCUCCCCCUUUAUUCUGCCGUGCUUACAUUUCUCAGUAAAUUUUUUUUAUUAUUAUUUAGUUUUUAGUUGUGUGUUUUUUGUUUUUUUUUUGUUUUUUUUUUGUUUUUUGUUUUUUGUUUUGUUUUUGUUUUUUUAAAUAUAUAUUUUUCUGCUCUUGAACUCAUAAACAUACCUCUUGUAUAUUAGGCGUGUUCACAACUGGUAUUAACAUCUGUCUGGAGUGAUCAGAAGUAUUUUCAUGCAUGACACGGUGGGUUAAGUGGUGAUUUGUAUGGAGUUCACACUACAGAUGUUAUGUGGUUUGAGGGAUCUGAUUUCAGUGCAUGCUUAAAGAUGCACAGGAACACGUUUACACCUGUUCCUGAUGCUUUCUACUGAUCAGUUACCCCAGUGUGGAUGCUAAUACCUGUUCUGAACAGGGUCUCAUAUACUUCAGUUUGUUGGUGGGACUUGAAUUGCCUUGAAUAUUAGGGGAAGCAAUAUUACAGUGAUGCAAAUGAUUAAACAUUCAGCUCAGUUUGUAAAGGAAUAUAUUUACAAAAGUGUUUAAAAUAGUUGUAAAGUGUUCUCCAUGACUGAAAUAUUUACAUGCAUUAUUGAUAGGAAGCAAUUGUAUGUUUAUCCUGAUUUGAUUUUGUGGUAUGGUAAUAAAUACAUUAGUACAAUCA